AUACUUGGCCUUAGUCCAGCCGGUUAGAGCCCACUUCCGGUCUCACAUGUGUAGUGAUGCGGUUUAGCUGUAAGCGAGCGCAGCCCACGAGGGCGGUAGCCAGCGCGUUCCCAGCACUUUAUAAGGAAUUUUAGUAGCUACCGAGCCCAGAUUCCAAAGGACCCAGCUGAGCAAAGUGCAAGUUUGAAUUACUUUUAUUGCAAAAAUUUAGAGUAUUUUGCUGGUGGGUCUAAAAUAAAAGGACUACAUUGGACAGAGAAAUGUCAGCAAAAAUGAAGAUGAUCUUUCUUUUAGCCUUCUUUCAGCCUCUCUUCCUUGGCCUAAGCACGGGUUUCCCAGGAAGGAUAUCAAUACACAGAACUAAGAAAACAGGUUGCCAUUGUUUGAAUGGAGGAACAUGUAGAAGCCAUAUAUAUCACCAGUGGCAGAGCUGCAUUUGUCCUAAAGGCUACAUAGGACAGGCAUGUGAAAUAGAUACACAGACCCAAUGCUACAAAGAUAAUGGAGCUGAAUAUAGGGGAACUGUCUCCAAAACGCUGCAUGGAAUAAACUGCCUGGAGUGGAAUUCCCUGUCUGUCUACAGCAAACCUUAUUCUGCUUAUAAUUCUAAAGCACAACAGCUGGGUCUGGGGAAACACAAUUAUUGCAGGAAUCCCAGCAACGAGGAGAUGCCAUGGUGCUAUGUACGAUACAAAAAUCAUAUAGUCGAACAAUUCUGUGACAUUGGACAGUGUAAGGCUGAGCCAUCUUCAACUUGUGGACAGAGAAAAGAAAAAAAGUUUAAAAUUGUCGGAGGAGGGUUCACUGGAACAGAAACUCAGCCCUGGAUAGCUGCUAUCUUUAAAUAUUCCAGAAGGGAUAGGGCAACAUUUUUUCGGUGUGGUGGAACUCUUAUUCAUCCUUGUUGGGUGGUAACUGCAGCCCACUGCUUCCCUGACAGCCAAAAGCCAAAUGAUUUUACAGUUGCCCUUGGAAAGUCCAACUCAAAUGAAACCAGAGAAGACAGGGAACAAAUGUUUGAAGUCGAGCGCGUCAUUGUUCACAAAGACUUCAGUGACAGCACAGGAGCCUAUGAGAAUGACAUAGCACUUCUACAGUUAAAAUCAAUAAAUGGUGGCUGCUCUGCAGAAACUCAGUAUGUCCGACCUGCAUGCCUGCCUCCAUGGGAUUUAACUCUGAAGGAUGGUUGGAAAUGUGAAAUAGCUGGAUAUGGACAGGAAGCUGCAACUAGUUACAGGUACUCUCAACAACUGAAGGAGGCAAAUGUUCAGAUUAUCAACCAACGGACUUGCAGUUUGGAGGAAUAUUAUGGCUCCUUGAUCAGUGACAAUAUGCUCUGUGCUGGUCACCCCCUUUGGAAGGAAGAUGCAUGUAAAGGAGACUCUGGUGGCCCAUUGGUUUGUGAGAAGGAUGAACGUAUGAUUUUCUAUGGUAUCAUCAGCUGGGGUGACGAGUGUGCCAAACAGAACAAGCCUGGUGUUUAUACUCGUGUUACACGCUACAUUGAUUGGAUAGAAAUCAAUAUGAGUAACAAUCCCCCAAAAUAAAGAUGCUAGAAAAAAAGCCAUUUGGGAGAAUUGACAAGAGGUACCUCAGUAAAGACAUUGGAAUUUGCAGUACAGAUUCAUGUUUGCAUUGAAACUGCAAGCCAAAUGGAAAAACUGCACACCAAGCUCUGUUACAAAAUGAAGUAUUCAGCCUUUGAAUGUGAUCAGUUUUCCAUGCUGCAUAUUUGCUUUUUAAUUUAUUUAUUUAUUUUUACCUUUAUUAAUAGGUUCAGUGGUCUGGUUCAGUCAUUCAGACCAUUUCAGCCACAAACAAGACAAUCAGUGGUAGUCAAUCAAAUAAUACAUAAAUUGUAUGUUACCAUGUAACAUGGAUGUAUAGUUGCAUAUUAAAAAAAUGACUGUUUACAAAUAUGCACUUCUCAGUGACAUAGCUACGAUUUUAUGAUUACAGAUAGUAAUAAUGGCCAGUACUUUAUUAUUUUCCUAAUCUUCAGCAAAGGGUCCUGUCACUGUGCCAGAGUCACAGUUUGUGUACUGCCCCUUACUGCGUAAUGAACAUACUGUAUGCAGAACAUGUGAUUUGUAGUCUUGCCUCCUUUCAGCUGUCAUCUACUUACAAAUGAACAAAUGCAUCUAAUUAAAACAAUGAUCCUACGUCAACUGUAUGCCUAAACAUUGGCAUUUCAUUGACUUGAGCAGAUAGGAUGACUGGCAGGUACUGCUUGACAAAAAAAAAGUAAUAUGGAAAAAAUAUGGCUGGCAGCUAAAUCUAAUUUUUCCUUGGACAUUUCUAUGAAAGAUAUAUACAACUAGCAACUUAUACAUUGUUUGCAUUACUCAUGGCAUUUUUAUAUUAUGAGACUUUUUGUGUUACAAACAGCCGCUUGCUUUUUUGUAUUAUUUUACUGCACCCAGGCAUUUUUGCUAGUCUUUUGGAGAGUGGUUUAAAACUUUGGCUAUGCUUUAAUUUUAUUUUUUUCACCAUUUGUUGACUGUUUAGCUACACUGGACCAGUCACCCUUUUCAGUCAUGACCCAAGACUUUUAGCAACAAUACAAACAAAUAAACAAAAAAAAAGAAAGAAAGAAACAGAACAUCACAGAAAUUUAACGUAUACAGUUAAUCAUGCAUUUGGGAACAUAGAAAUGAAGAUGACAAUGUCAUAGUAUGAAGAAGUAUGUAAAGUAAAUACAAAAAACAAAAUAAAUAAAUUGUUCUCAGUCUGCCUUAACAGUUUUGUAGGCCUAAUCUACAAACUAGACAAAAACGUGCACUACGUAAGCCCAGAGGUGUAUUGUUGUUGUUAUUAAUAAUAAUAAUAAUAAUAAUAUUAUUAUUAUCUUCCUUAGUGCCUCAUACUGCUUUGAAAGGGCAGUAACUUGCACUGGCAGUAUGUGGUAGCUGACAGCUAUACUAUCCUCUAAAAUGGUGUUUCCUGCUGAUCCAUCACUUACCUAAUAUCCAAGUUGUAGACAGAGUGAGAGAGGAUUGUAGGAUCUCUUAAAAUGUCGUUGUUAUGCAAAUAGAAUAGUUGGACAUCAUUUUAUUGUUAUUGUACUUUUUAUUUUGUUAUAUUAAGACCAUAAACACAAGAUACAGGGAAACGGGUGGAGUGGGUGGAGAAGAGUGUCAGGAGUGAUUUGUGACAGACGAGUACCUAU